UUUUAAAUGUGGAACUAUACAAGAAUGUUGUAGAAAUGGAUAAAACCCAAACACAUCUCUGCAUUAAGAAUCUGUGAUUGUGUGAUACGAUGUGAAGAUUGGAUGCUUUUCUCUGUUUUGUAUAAACGAGUGAAGAGUCAUUACGUGUCAGGUUAGGGAGGAAGGCUGGCUGGCUUUGUCUGGCCCAUGGGAGGACUGUAGGAAGAUAUAUGGAGACCUGAGACCAACUGAAGCUUUUGUUACCAUGAGGACGAGGCAGAAACGACAAGUGUGCAUCCUUCUUCCAAACAAGCAGCACCUGGACUGUACUGUCAGGGUGAGAGCCAGAGGCCACGAGGUGUUGAAUAGUGUGUUGAAGCACCUUGGCGUCAGUGAACUCCAAGUCUUUGGUCUGGCUGUUCUCAGAGAUAAUGAAUACCUCUUUCUUGAAUCGGCGCAAAAGCUGAGCAAGUACUUUGGCAAAAGAUGGAACCGAGCAUCCUCAACGGCCCCAUUCAUCUUAUUUCUGAGAGUGCAGUAUUAUGUAGAGAGUGGGCUGCUAAUUCUGAGCAGCAAAGUGCAGCAGCUUUACUACACUGAGCUGAGGCAAAAGGUGCUGCAUUCACAGAGCUGCCAUCAGGAAGCUUUGCUCUUCCAGCUGGCAGCUUCUGCACUUCAAGCUGAAGUCGGAGAUCUGGAGCAGAGAGCAGAGCGGAAUAAUGAAGAGGAGGAAGAGAGGGGAGAAGAGAAAAGACAGGAGAGAAAACACAGACAUUACUUUCUUCCGGAAGAUUACUUCCCCUCUUGGCUGAUAAAGCGUCGUGGACGGGACUUCCUGCUCCAGCACUGCCCAGUGUUACACGUUGAGCUGAGAGGUGUGACACGUAGCCAAGCCGUCCUGCAGUUUAUAAAAGAGGCCAGCAGCCUGCAGGAUGGACCAGUCACCUUCUACAGGAUGAGACAGGAGAAAAAAGAGCUGAGAAGUUCAAUUCUUCUUGGUGUGGCAAUGAAAGGAGUCCAUAUUUAUCAGGAGGUGGGAGGGAAGCAGUGCCAGUUGUAUGUCUUUUCCUGGACCGAUAUUGAACGCCUCACUUUCCAGGUUGGUUCCAAAGAUUACAUACACACCAGAGCAUACAUGUGUUCACAUAAACCUGCAUAUUGCUGCCACUUCCUCUACCCCUGUUUUUGGAUUGUAUUGUACCUCUCGCUUGCUCUCCAGGGCAGCAGGUUUGAAAUCGCUGCCGUGGGCUCGCUGUGCCUCCCUAAGCUGGUGUAUUACACUCCUUCAGCCACCCACUCCAAACACAUCCUGAGGCACCUCAGUGACAGUCACCGAUUCCACAUCAUCACCAGAGAUGCAGUUGGCUACAUACAACAGCUGGAAGACAUGCAGGCCAGUCAUUUCUACAAAGAGGCCUACAUUUGUGACACAACACGCUUGGCACACAGACUCCAGAGCAACAGACUCACAUCCUCAAUAUCUGACUGCAGUGUUGCAGUCGAAACAACCACAGCCUGGUCCAAAGAGGAGGAGGAGGAGGAGGACAUCACAGAGUUUGAGCUGUGUGUGGACGAACCAGAGGAGUUAUUUGUCGACAGCCCAGCCGAAUUGUCGUGGUUGGCUGAGCUGUCUGUCGAUGGACCUUUGGUGUUACCCUCUUCUUAUUGGGCAGCUGUCACCAUGGAAAUGAAACAGGUGAGCAGAUCUCUGACUGAACAUUUCCAGAUAAGCCCGACAUCAAAGGUUUCAGUGUUUUUUUCUCUGAUCUUUGUGCAGGUUCUGAAGAGCAGAGCUGAUGAUGAAGGGGUUUCUAUGGACUAAUUUACAGGGAUUCAAUAAAAGCUCACGACAAGAGCCAUUAUGUUACUGCUCUGAUGCUCACAUCAUAGUUCGGAUUAUGUACCUAAUGUACACAUUGUGCUGCUUACAAAUAUUUCAUUUUGUUUAUAAAUGAAAUUACCUUUUUUAUCAAAGUUCAUAUUACAAAGCCCCUAAACUUCCAUGAUCCACCUCCACAGGUCUUCUCACGCAUUGUAUCUAAUUGGACCUCCUCUCAAGACUGUGUGGGAGUGUACACUGGGCUUGAUUGACAUCUCCCAUAUGUCAUUUCUAGAACAAAUAUUCCUUUUUUCCAUUUCUUUACUGAACUGUACCAACAGACAUGCCGAUAUUAUUAAGCAGCUAGAUAGAAUGUGCGUUAUUGUAAAUUAUAUAAAAUAUAUAAAUAAGCAAUAAAAAAUACAUAUGGUUUCUUUUGUUUAAGCGUGAAA